AAUCUUUAAAAAAUAAUGAAUCACCAUAUUCAGUUUUGCUGUAGAUAAAUAUUUAGUUGCUUAGAUCUUCUCGGCCAACUAGUGUCCGAAAUGGUGACUUCAACUGCUAAGAUACUCAUUGGCAUCUCAUUAAACCCAGAUGACAGCAAGGAACUCUUGUCAUGGGCAAUCAGAGUCCUAGCUCGUCCAAAUGACGGCAUUAUUGCACUACAUGUUCUUGUUGGUGAGGAGCCGAAGAAGUGUAAAUUGGUAAGAAACGAUCAGUCAAAACUUCGGCAGGCGAAAGCUCAUGUUAUAUCGGUGCUUGGAGAAUUUGCAAGGACGUGUCAGUCUAAGCAGGUAAACUUGGAGGCAAAAGUAAGACUUAGCUCGAGUGUUAGAAGGGGACUAAUUGAGGAAGCAAAGUCCAUCUCAGCUAAUUUUCUUCUUCUUCUUGGCUCCAGAACACGAUCAAAAGAAACUUCACAUAAAAUUACAAGUUACUGUUUCGAGCAUGCCCCCGAAGGUUGUGCAAUGGUUUCAAUAGGGAAGUCAAAGCGGCCACUGCAAAACUCAAAUUCUACAUAUGCACAUCUUGAUGAAACUGGUCAAUGGAGCAUGAGAUGGUCUAACACGAGUGAUAACAGUGAAGAGGCAUCUAUCUCCCCUGUUCAAAAUUCCAUUGUCUCGAAACGAAAAUUGCAAAAGCCUUCACCAAGAACUGUUCUAGAUGCACUUCUAGGAGAAUCAAAUAGCACAGAAGAUGAUAACUCUAGUUUUUGGGACUCAACAAUGUCCGGAUCCCCUCCUCACCCGCCAAAGUUUAAAGGGCAAUCAUUUAUAAAGAAACAGAUGUCACCUUACAAAUUUGUCUCAAUGGUCUUUAGGUCUCCACUAAGGAAAAGAAAUACCAAUUUAUCCAAUAAACAAAAGGCGCAGCCUUUGAUGAAGUGCUUUAGCUUUGAGGAGAUCUCAACUGCUACAAACAACUUCCAUCCAGAAAAUAUAGUUGGUCGAGGCGGGUAUUCAGAAGUUUACAGGGGUGACCUUUCUGAUGGAAGAGCUGUUGCAGUGAAGAGGUUGGGCAAGGACAACAGGGAUGAAAACAAAGAGAGAGAAUUCCUUACUGAGUUGGGCACAAUCGGACAUGUUUGCCACCCCAAUACUGCAACCUUAGUUGGCUGUUGCGUGGAAAAUGGACUUUAUUUGAUUUUCAACUUCUCCGAGAAAGGAACUCUGGCCUCUGCCUUGCAUGACUACUUAGGUAAAACAAAUGUGGUUCUGGAUUGGCCGGUGAGAUACAAGAUUGCCCUUGGAGUUGCUAGAGGUCUUCAUUAUCUGCACAAAUGCUGCAAACACCGAAUAAUACACCGUGACAUAAAAGCUUCUAAUGUCCUUCUUGGACCAGAUUACGAACCGCAGAUCACUGAUUUUGGCCUUGCUAAAUGGCUCCCUAACAAAUGGACUCACCAUGCUGUGGUACCAAUAGAAGGAACAUUUGGGUACCUAGCACCAGAGUAUUUCAUGCAUGGAAUCGUGGAUGAGAAAACAGAUGUUUUUGCAUUUGGGGUUCUUCUCCUCGAGAUCAUCACUGGUCGCCGGCCAGUGGAUUCGUCAAAGAAAAACCUCCUCUUAUGGGCAAAGCCAUUUAUGGAAUCUGGGAACAUCACUGAACUAGCUGAUCCGAAACUGGAAGGUAAAUAUGAUGAGGAUCAAAUGCAUAGAUCAGUUCUAACAGCUUGCUAUUGCGUGAGGCAAUCAGCAGUAUGGCGUCCAUCAAUGAGCGAGGUGUUGGAGCUUCUAAUGACUGGACAUGACUCCGAUGUUGCAAAGAGCUGGAGAAUGCCAAAGUUUACGUCCGAUGAGUUGGAUGAUUAUUCGAUGGUUUUCGGAUACGAGGUUCCAACGGACAUUUCCCUGGAGGAAUUCUUAUGUUGAGUUUCUCCUUUGUAACUUUCCAUACAUUUAAACAUUUGCUAGGUUUCACAAUAUCAUUCCGUUCUACAAUUGUGUUUGGAUCUUUACAUUAGAGAAAUUUAGAAUCUUCAUUCUUCACUGCUCAGAACAA